AUGGGACAAGAUGACGAGGACGAUGCGUUUAUGCUGCAAGCCAAACAACAAAUCACAUAUAAUGUAAUCAAUAAACGCAAGGACCAACUGCGACGGUGGCAAGGCAGUGAAAUGAACGCGGAACCAGCGCGGAGAACCAAACGACCAAAAGUGCAAUUUCAAGACAGCGAUGUAUUUUUGUCGGCGUGUAUGUCUGGCGACGAAGAGGAGGUCGAUGAGCUCCUUGAGAAGGGCGCCGAUAUCAACACAUGCACUGUCGACGGGCUAACAGCGCUUCAUCAGUCAGUCAUCGACUCUAAACCGGAAAUGGUGCGAUUUUUAUGCGAAAAAGGAGCCGAUGUGAAUGCGCAGGACAACGAAGGUUGGACUCCGCUUCACGCGGCAGCCUGCUGUGGAAAUGUGGCGAUCGUCAGAUAUUUAUGCCAACACGGAGCUGAUUUAGCAAUUGUCAACAGUGAUAAAGAACUCGCACUUGAUUUGGCCGAAGAUGAGCAAUGCCGUGAAUUACUUGAAGAAGAAUAUAGGCGGCAGAAUAUAGACAUCAAUGCUUGUCGAGACCGCGAAUUGAAUGUGAUGCUUCGCGACGCAAAAACGUGGUUGGCCACCGGCGAAUAUAGAGAUGUACCCCAUUAUCGAACGGGAGGGACCGCAAUGCACGUCGCUGCUGCUCGAGGAUAUACUCAGAUUCUUGAGAUGCUUAUCAAAGCCGGAGGAAAUGUUCGAGCUCAGGAUAAGGAUGGAUGGACGCCACUUCAUGCUGCUGCUCAUUGGGCAGAGCGAGAUGCUUGUAAAAUAUUGUUAGAAAAUAAUGCCGAAUUGUCUGAUACCACAUUUGCGGGUCAAGAUGUGUUAGCCGUAGCUGAUAAAGAGAUAGUAGAUUAUUUAAUUGAGCUUGGUGAAGCGGCGCGAAAUCGUGAGAAACGAAAGUCGCCGAUUACGCCGUCAACUCCUGUUUCUGUUCUGCAGGAGAAAAAUCACCGAGUUCAUGAGGAUCAUAUUCUCUCUUCUGGCAGGAAGAAGGAUAUCCAACACAAAGAUCAACACAGUGAAAACGAAUUCAUUCACCAUAUUCCGAGCACUCCACUAUCGUCGGCUUCGACAUCCGAGUCGACAAACACCUCGACGACAUCGACGACAAUCACAAUUGGUUCUGAUGGUGCAGCAAGCAAUUCGCGCGAAAUGUCGAAAGAAAGUUCGGCGAGCGAUGAAACGCGAACUGAAUCUGAAGACGUUGAAGCUGAAGAUGAGGCAGAAGUUGAUGAAGACGAAUUGGAAGAGGAUGAAGAGGAAAUCGAAGGAGCUAGUGAAAGCGAGAACAAGAUAACGGUUAUUGAGCGGAAUGGCAAUGUCAAAAACCCGUCACCGCUGCCAUCGGGAACUAAUACUGAUGCAAGUAGAAGUCCCUCAGCAUCCAGAUCGUCGGAUAUCUAUUCCACUCGGUCCAGCAGCGAGCGAGAUACUUCUGUCGAGACGACAUCGGAAUCGUUGAAAUCCGGGUCGCUAUCGACAUCAUCAAAGUUUGCCUCGACGUCGUCACAGUCAUCGGGUAGCCGCUCUGUGUCAGUUCCUCCGAUUGUUCAAAGCGAAACUCCUCGUUCUUCUUUAGAGAGUUCGUCUGUUGGUAGUGGAGAUCAAACUGUUAGUGCGACACUUCCAAUUGCGCCAAGUUCAGCUCCACCAAAGGCAAUUCACCAAUCACCCAGUAGUUGGAUUAACCGUGGAUUGCCGCUGUUUUCCAGAAGCUCGACGUCGUCAGUUUCACGAAGCAGCGUUACACCAGCAUCGGAUAUUGUUUCUCCGCCAACAUCGCUGAAUUCGCAGCACCCAAUUUCGGUGCCAUCUUCUUCUGCUUCAGCAGCCUCUUCUGCUGCUGGCGCUUCGACGCCUUCGACACCAUCGAAUGUGAUGUCGGCGACAAUUUCAUCGAUGGCAAAGAAUUCGCCAUCACCCGCGGGUAGUGUCACAAUCACAGCAACAUUCACGAAACCAAGUACCGAGAAACCGGACGAGGUAUUCCGGAGUCCUUCGUAUCCAACCAAUGUACCGUGGGCGUCAUUGUGGCACAGCUCCAAUGAUUCCUCGAGUCAUAUUCGCUCGCAAAUCGAGCAACUCAAAAAUGUUUCAUCCUCAUCGAUCAAUACAUUGCCGCGAGUUUCGGCGUUUCGGCCACCGAUUAAAACAUCGUCCUCAUCCGUGUCUUUAACGUCGUCGUCACAAUCACAGCCAGCGAAGAUUGCUGAAUAUCCAAAGAUAUUUGUACCACACCAGAUGAACCCAGUCAAAAUGAGCCGAUGGCAAUCAAAGACCGUCAACGAGAGCGAGGCGGAACGUCGAAACAAUUCGAGAAUGCAACGACAACAUAGAAGGUCGACGCAAGGAGUCACCAAGGAACAAUUGGAAGAGGCAAGUCGGUUCGCAAUCGAAGAAUCGUCAAGACGGCAUUCGGCCGCAGUUGUGUCACCCAAUCAAUUGCCUUCAACGAAUAAUUUGGUUCGAUUGGCAUCAGAAGAAAAGGAUCUCUCAUCGAAUAGCGAAUCGUUAGACAUGCCGAGAAAUGGGGAUGUAUCGACGUCGGCGACGCUUUCGCUCAACUCACCGAGCACAAAUGCAGCGAAUUUGCGUCGAAAGAGUCAGGGAUUCACAAUCUCACGAUCGAAUCGUCGGGCAACGGGUCCAGUGAAUCCAGAGGAUCUCGUCCAUAUGCGAUCCAGCGAUUCUCAACAGCAGCCAACACCGCCGAGUCCAUCGAUGAGCCUAAGGCUGGCGGCGGCGCCGUCCAAUUCUCAACCAUAUUCGCCGGCUUCUGUGCGUUCCGUUACUGGAACAGUUCCAACAAUGACAUCUCGAUUUGCUGAAAAGGCGCACUCACUUCCGCCGUCCAACGGAAACACUUCGAAUCACUCGAUUUCGUCGAGAAGUGCCGUUGUUGCCGGUCUUUCGACGGCUCCAUCAGUUCGGUCGGGACCAUUAUCAUCAACUGCUUCUCGUUUCGCACCGUCAUCAUCGUUGUCAUCAAAUAAUUCUAAUCCGUCUAGCUCACAAAGCCGACCAACUGAAACGAAUCUCAACUAUAAGGCCCUUUAUGAAAAAGAAAAAGCUGAAUGUGAACGUUUAAAACGCGAAGUCGAAGAAUUGCGGAGGUCGCAAACAGUUGAUAACUGGCGCAAUGCGAACUCGGCGAACAGUUGGCGAACCCGAAAUUCGUCGCCUUCAUCACAGUCUCACGUGAAUUUGUCAGUUGCCAAAUCGACUUCACUCGCUUCUUUUGACGAAAAUGAGCGGAAGGCGAUGGAGCGCAAAAUUGCCGAUCUCGAACUUCAACUUAAGACUUCUACAAACUUACGAAUGGAAAAUCAGCGUUUGAAAGAGGAAAACGGUGCAUUAGUGCGAGUCAUUUCAAAAAUGACAAUUUGA